UUAUUCGAUUUAUUAGUAGAAAAGGAGUGCCUACACAGAAUAUUAUGGCUGUUUGUAGUUUUGACAUGCAAUUUACUUUUGUGUUGGCUGGAUGGGAAGGUACAGCGCACGAUGGCCGAAUUUUUCAAUGCGCUAUUCAUAAAAGGGAAUUAAAUUUUCCUAAACCACCACCAGGAAAAUAUUAUUUGGUAGAUGCUGGGUAUUCACAGAUCGAAGGAUUUCUUGCACCUUAUAAAGGAGUUAGAUACCAUCUACCUGAAUUUCAACAUGGUGGUCGACCAAAGGGAUUAAAAGAAACUUUUAAUCGAUGGCAUUCAUCUCUUAGAAGUUGCAUUGAGAGAACUUUUGGAGUUUGGAAAGCGAGAUGGAAGAUUUUACGAUUGAUGCCUUCAUAUCCAUUUCAUGUACAAAGAGACAUUGUUGUUACAUCAAUGGCGUUGCACAAUUAUAUUCGAAGAAAAAGUCUAGAGGAUCCAGCAUUUUCGCACUUAGACCAGAAUCCCAAUUUCAUGCCUCGUGAUAUAUUCAAUAAUUUAAAUGAAGAUCAAUCAAAUGAAAGUUACGAAGAAAGUGAAGCGGUUCAAAUGAAAAUAAUAAAAGAUCAAAUUGCUCAUAGUUUGAUGAGAGCAAGAGGUGAUCUGUAAGUUUAAUUAUAUUUACAUUUUUCGCAUUUAAACAAUUAAAUAAUUUUUUUGAAUAAUCUUGUAAGUUAUUUAUUGUUGAAUAUUUUUAUAGAUAUAAAAUAUUAGUUUUGA